AUGAACUCUACGCAAAACCACACCAUCUCCCGUCGCAAACAAAAAAAGGCCGCUAGAAAGCUCAAGCGCGCCCAGUCCAGCACGGUACGUGCUAACGCAGAUGCUGCUCUACGUAACUCACGUGCCGCCCGCCUCCACCACAUCUUGGGGAGACCCGGACGCGGGGGCCUAUCAGCCAAGGGCGCCGAGCAAUUACAACAAUUCUUCUCUAAAAAGGUCCCCGAGAGUAAAAAGCCCUCGUUGCGUGAGAUGGAUGCUUCUGCGGCGAUGAUCAUGCUGCAAAUGGCGGCGGAGGAUGUCGAUGCUGGGAAAUUGACUCAUGAGGAGUUGAGGCAGCUAAGUGAGGAUAGUCUGAUGGCGAGUAGAGCAGAGUAUGGAGGAGGAGGAGGAGACGAGGAGGACGGGAAGGCAAAGGGGGACAGGGGGACGGAAGAGACAAUGGAGGCCAAGGGGGAUGUGGGGUCGGAGGAGGGGGAAGAGCUGGGAGACGAGGACUGGGAGCAGGGUGGUGUCGCUUUGGCCAACGAUUGGUAG